AUGACGAUGCUGCAGCAUGUGUCGUAUGAUUAUUCUGUCGUACAACCAUAUAAACGAGUAUGCUACUUCACCAACUGGGCACAAUACAGAACUGCUCCUAUGACCUUCAAAGCGGAUGAUGUGGAUCCUUUCCUCUGCACUCAUAUCAUGUACGCUUUCGGUAAAGUCGUGGGCAACACAAUCGAUGCUUAUGAGUGGAACGACAAGGGCACCGGUGGCCAAUACGAGAAGAUAAUGAACCUGCGAUCCGUGAACCCAGACCUCAAGAUCCUGCUGGCCAUAGGUGGAUGGACUCACGGCACCGCGCCCUUCACUGCCGUGGUAGAUGACCCCAAUGACAUGGCAGCUUUUGCAAACAACGCCUUGGCCUACUUAAAAACUUACGGAUUCGACGGUCUGGAUCUGGACUGGGAGUAUCCGGGUGGUAAUGGAAGCCCUCCAGAGGACAAACAGCGUUUCACGUCUUUUGUGCAGAAACUUCGCCAAGUGUUUGACGCUGAUGGUGUAGCCAACAACCGCGCGCCUCUGUUACUGACGGCAGCUGUUGCAGCUGGCAAAAGUACAAUCGACAAAGCCUAUGAAAUUGACCUCAUCUCCAAAGAGCUAGAUUUCAUCAACCUAAUGAGCUACGAUCUUCAUGGAAGCUGGGAAGCAACCACCGGACAUCACAGUGCGCUAUUUGGCCGUGCCGGUGAAGUUGGAACUGCUGCAUAUAUGAAUGUGGAUUACGCGGUGAACUACUGGAUUAAUCUCGGUGCACCUCCAGAAAAACUGGUUUUGGGAAUGGGUUUGUAUGGCAGAUCCUUCACCCUCUCUAGUUCCAGUAAUACAGGAGUAGGAGCGCCCGCCGUAGGAGCAGGAGCGGCUGGAACGUAUACUGGAGAAGCAGGGUUGUUGGCCUAUUACGAGGUGUGUUAUAAUUUGAAAUACAAUGGUUGGACAAGACAGUGGCACGGUGAGCACAAGGUACCGUACGCGUAUCACGGUACCCAGUGGAUUGGAUAUGACGACACAGAGAGUUUCCAAGUAAAGGUUGACUACAUCAAGUCCAAAGGACUGGGUGGCGGUAUGGUUUGGUCUCUUGAUCAAGACGAUUUCAGCAACAGCUGUGGCGAUGGGGCGUAUCCUCUGAUGAACUUAUUGCGAAGUGAGCUGUCUGGAUCACCUGUAGCUUCCACUCCUUUGCCACCAUCAUUGCAUUCCUCCUCUCAAACUGUGCCAUCCUCCUCCACUAGAUUACCUACCACCAUUCCCAGCACUGCAGUGUCGGGAUACAAACGAGUAUGUUACUUCACCAACUGGGCACAAUACAGAACUGCUCCUAUGACCUUCAAAGUGGAUGAUGUGGAU